AUUUAUAGUUAUAAACUUACAAGCUAUAACAUAAAUGGUUAAAAACGUUGUGGCUACCUAUGGAUACGACGGAGAAGUGGCAGUCAUACCCAUUAUAUAAUUGUAUUCAGAAAACGAUGAAGCGCCGUCUUUAUUUACGCAUCAUAGUGCCGUUGUUAUAUACAUACUUGUUUACUGGUUGCGUAUUUGCAUUAUGUUGGAUUAGUUUCGUGCUUCAUACUUUAUGUGAGAUCGAAACUUUGCCCAAGCUUUCCUCUUCGAAUACAACCGAUACAAGGAGAAACAUAGAGAUUUAUUUAGAAAAAUCACUGGAGCUAGAUAAUGGUACGGUUUGUCAGAUACCACAACUAAAUCCAUUUUCGCCCGAGAUAAUGAAGUUUGACAAGAAACUGCCUCAAAUCGUAUGCACACAACAAGCUUGGGUCAAAUGCCACCUAUCCAAAUGCCAGGUUAUACCAAGUAUAUUAAAAUCAGUUCCCUACGUAAAAUGUACUUACCGUAACAUCAUCUAUCUUGAUGAUGCUCUUUACUACGUUUCUAAGAUGAUGACUGACAUCGAAGGAGCCGGUGUUUACGUUCUCGAAGAUUCCGAUCACGUUAUGGUUAAUUGCUCCGGAAUCUAUAGGUACAUAAGGACUUAUUGGGAAGGGGUGGCAGCGGGAUUCCGAAAGGCCGUCGAAAUGCCCCCGCUUGUACCGCCGGGUAGAGAAGACACCGUCAACGUCUUAAUAUUUGCCUUCGACUCCUUGUCCAGAAAUGGUUUCAUCAGAAAAAUGCCUGACAGUUACAAAUUUUUAAAGUUUGUCUUGAAUGCCACUAUUUUAACCGGUUUCAAUGUAGUAGGAGAAGCUACGGUAGCAACGGUGUUACCCUUGCUGACGGGACGCACAGAGUGGGACUUUCCUGAGAGCAGGAAAUCAUCUGGCUGCAAGCGAUUUAAUACAAGUGAAUUGAUUUUUCACAAAGUGAAGCUUGAUGGUUACCGCACGGCAUAUUUCGAAGAUCAACCGGAUAUUGGCACGUUUCAAUUUCGCUUCAAUGGUUUCAUCGAGAGACCAGCUGACCAUUACUUGUACGAUUUCUAUAAAGUGUUAAACCGCCUGAGAUAUCUGGAUACUGGAGAUGACGCAUUACACUGCAUUGGCGAUAUUCCAAAAUACGAGUUCAUAAUGAAAAUUACUGAACAGUAUUUCAAACUGGAUGGGAAGAAGUUUUGCUUCUCGUUCACCGCAAAUCCAAGUCACGAUGAUUUCAACAAGAUCACGAGCGCAGACACAGCGUUCGUUCGGUUUCUCCAGCAGUUCAGAUCCGAUGGACAUCUCAGGAAUACGUUGUUGCUGGUUAUGGGCGAUCACGGAGUCAGAUAUGAAAAGGUUCGAGCCACUGUCCAAGGUAAACUGGAACACCGUCUACCGCUAAUGGCUAUUGUGCUACCAGAAAAAUUAUUAGCGAAAAGACCAGAAAUAGAGUCGGCAUUACAAUCAAACGAAGACGUUCUUACAACCCCUUAUGACAUUUACGCGACUAUAUUGGACGCAAUUGAUAUGAGGGAACAUUGGAACCCAUAUAAAAUCAAAGGUGCUCAUCUCACUAGAGGAUUGACUCUAUUCGAACCGAUUCCUCGAACAAGAUUAUGUAGUGAGGCGGGGAUAGAAACUCACUGGUGCGCUUGCAUCCGCUGGGAGCCGGUUCCCCCAACAGAUUCUAAAUACCACCGUGUUGCUGCUUCCCUGGUCAAUCAUAUCAACUUCCUUACGGAGCCUUUGAGAAUGAAAUGUGCAAAACGCAAGUUAAUCUCGAUCUCUUACGUGCUAGUAUAUGACCUUUCCAGGAAUGCCUUGGAGCCGACGUCUAAAUACCAACUAGAGGUUAGUGUUUACUCAUACCUAUACAUUGAUAAAUCAAAAGCCACCACCUUUUUCCGGCUAUUGGUCGAAGCAAACACCGGAAUGCCCAUCGCCGAUGCCUGUGUUGCCAUUUAA